GUAUUAUGGAACUCAUUGGACUUGAAAGCCUAACUGAAAUUCCUGAUAUUUCAGGAAUCCCAAAUUUACAAAAAUUACGUGUUGAUGAGUGCAAAAGCUUAGUUAAGGUUCAUGACUCUAUUGGAUUACUUAAGAAGCUUACCGAUCUGCAUUUUCUUGAAUGCUCUAACCUUAUAACAUUGCCAAGAAGCCUCAAGUUAAGAUCUCUUGAAACUCUUUGGUUUCAUUAUUGUGCAAGGAUUGAAAACUUUCCUAAAAUUGACCGUAAAAUGGAACGCUUGGAACAACUUGUAUUAAGGGGCAUUGCUAUAAAAGAACUACCUUCAUCCAUUGUACAUUUAACUGGGCUUUUCGAUUUACAUAUCGAAGAUUGCAAAAAUCUUGUGCAUCUUCCAAGUAGUCUUCAGUUGCAACCUCUAAAUAAUCUUCGUCAUGAAAGGUGUUCAAAAGUUGAUAAGCUUCCAACAAAGGUGAGGGAUGAAAGAGAAUCCAUGCUGUCAGAUCCGUCCAUAGAGGAAUCUGAAAUUUCAUCAAGUACAAAAUUAUUUCCGUCAUUGAAACUGUUGGUUCUUGACAUAAGUACGCGCCUAAUAAAACCAGAAUUCUUUAUGACACUUGAUUGUUUUUCCGGUUUAGAUCGCUUGUCACUAUCAGAGAGUGAUAUUGUUAGACUGCCUACAUGCAUCAAAAGAUUUGUUAGAUUAAGACAUCUUUUCAUAAUGAAUUGCAAGCGACUUGAAGAAAUUCCAGAACUUCCACCAAGUAUAGAAGAUAUAGUGGCUGAUGGAUGUGUUUCGUUGGAAAGUUUUCCAGAUUUAUCAAAAACACUUCAAUUCAACACAAGCGGAUUGCGAGCGCGCGUGGUAAAAUGGCUUGGCUUGUUUGAAUGCGAUAAAUUGGCUGUGAAUAUAGGGAAUCACGUGGAAAAUACUUUAUGGGAUAAGGAAAUAGGAUACCAGCUUGGUUCAGCCAUCGUAAGGAGAGUUCAUAUGACAGUAACUCGUGCAAUGGAUAUUAAUGGGCUCCCAGAUUUGGAUGAGAUCAAAGGAAUUGCUUUUUGUGCUGUUUUUGGACCCACUCUCGGGUUCGACCUAGACGAAAACACUUAUAAGUUUAGUUUAGCGAUCAGCAGUAAAGGUGUAGAAAUUGAGACUAGAGAAAGAUAUAUAGCAGUAGCAAGCUCAGAUCGUGUAUGGAAAGUAUCACGCUCAAAUCAUGUAUGGCUGGAGUACUUGGUUUUAGAACCUGUAGUGUUAGAGGAGGACAAUCUGCAAGUAAGGUUUUCAAUUAGUUCAGGAUUGUCCAUUAUAAGCUGUGGAGUUCAUUUGAUACACAAGCAUGAAGAGAAUGCGAAAGAUCAUCCAAGUUUGACCCAUGUAGAUUUUAAUUUUUGUUUACAAUCUUUCGGUGACGAAAGUGAUGAAUGUGAUGAAGAAAGUGACAAUCCAGAAUGUUCGGCCGAAGAAGAUGAUUGUGAUGAUGAGGAUGAGGAUGAUUGCAACUUGGAAUCCAGUUAUUAG